GCUUUGUUUCGGUGACGUUUUGAGAUCUACUCUUUUCUAAGUUAGUUGUUUGUCGAUUUCCCUAUGGUUGUUGACUCCGACAGUUCUUUUUUUUAUCAACAUGACUACCAUUUUAGACAAAAUCGACAAGUGAAAGAAGAAGGCUUUCAGGAAAGGCGAGUGUAAAGGGAAUUGCAGUCGCCUUUUUGAACAAAGGCAGUUUUUAUAUAUUCAGCGGAAAACACCUGACCGUAAUGGACGAAAGCGCGGAACUCACGAAAUCAGAUAAGGAAGAUGGUAGGAAAACAUACAUGGAAAUAUGGCGAAGACGACUGACGGAAACAUACGAGGCCCAAGGCAGCUGCAAGGAAUGUUGCAGGGUUCUUCGCCACUCAUUGGCUGUAAUGUUGACAGGAGUCACUUGGCAGUUAGGGAUCGUCAUCCUGGUCUUAAUUGAAGUGCUCAUCAACCUCGUUCUCAUGCUGAUCGAAUUCCACGUCAUUAAAGAUGAGAGUCACCUAUCAAGGCACCUUCUUCAUUUUGUUGGUCUGUCUAUCCUUGGUGUCUUCGUCUUAGAGGUUUUUCUCAAAUUCUAUGCAAUGGGAUGCGAGUAUUACUUAGAGGAGAAAAUGGAGAUAUUUGAUGGCUUUGUGGUCGUAUCAGCCUUCGUAAUUGAGGUAGUGCUAAGUGUAAUCCGCGCUAAGAAGGCAUGGAAUGGCUUGGCUUUUAUUAUCGUUCUUCGACUGUGGAGAAUUUUUAGAGUUGUCAUUAAUAUAGUUGCCUUCAAAGAAGAAUUUUACGAACUAAUUGAUGACGUAGAUGCACCGCCCAAACAAGAACACAUGGAAACAGAGGCAACGGACUCAGAAAAGAGCGAAGAGAAACAAAAACAAGCUGGGAACAACUGAGCUUGAGUAGAUCAAUAGGGAGUUUAAGGCCCCGUGCACACGUAUCCGGCCGGAUAUUUUUGAAUGCGCAACUUUUUCUUUCCGGACCCGGCUUCCGUCCAGACCUACCCGGCGAAUUCGGCAGCGAAUCCGGAUGUUUUUGAAUCUGCUCUCCCGAGCGGAAAAAAAAUAAAUCCGAUAACGUGUGGACAGUAAAUCCGGAUAUUUUCCAAUACAAUGACGUAGCAAAAUCGUGGCCAGUCUCUUACCGAACAAUAAACCAAUAUGGCGGCACAACGUGUAGGCCUGGUUUCUCUAGAGUGAAUCCGGAUACCAUCGAAUACGUGUGGACAGGCGGAUUCGAUUUGAAUGCGCUACGUGUGGACGGGGAAAUUUUUGAAUCCGGAGAGAAAAAGUUGCGGAUUUAAAGAAUAUCCGGAUACGUGGG